ACGGCGUGGCCCUGGAGCUACGUGUGACGUGCGACGUGCCGGAUUUGCGUUUCCUCGGAGACUGCGACCGGUUAGCAUCCCAAGCCGGGGGCUGUGGACCGAGAGGUGGCAGCAGCAUGGGGGCUCCCGGCGGCCUGCAUUCGGACUUCGAGACGCUCCUGACGCGUUUCCAGGAGACCGACAGCGUCCUUGAGGAUUUCACCGCGCAGUGGAGGGACAUGAGGUUCCAUACUAUCUUCUAUGGCAGAACGAGACAUAUGGAAAAGAACAAGUUUACAAAGGAAGCUUUAGCUCUGGCUUGGAAAUAUUUUCUACCUCCAUACACCUUUCAGAUCAGAGUUGGUGCUUUGUAUCUUAUGUAUGGACUGUAUAAUACACAACUCUGUCAACCAAAGCAAAAGAUUAGAGUAUCCCUUAAGGAUUGGGAUGAAGUUAUGAAAUUCCAGCAAGAUCUGACAAACGCACAACAUUAUGAUGCUUCUUAUAUUCUGAGGAAGCUGAGGCUAGACAAAGCCUUCCAUUUUACAGCAAUGCCCAAACCUCUUUCGUACAGAAUGAAGAAAAAUAUUCCACGAACUGAAGUUACAGAGGAAUUUAAGGAACCUAAUGACCGGGUAAUGAAGCUUAUCACUGCUGAUACACUAGAGGAAAUUAUGAAUAUCCAUGAUCAUUACCAAGAAAUGAAGCAGAUAAUUUCAGCUGAUAAAUCUCAGCCUGACAAAGCUCUCACCUUGAUAAAAGAUGAAUUUUUAGUUAACAUUAAGAACCUGGUUUUAGAACAUAAACAGUGGCAUGAAGACAAAAAGAAGGUAUUUGUAAAAGUUAAAAAUGAAGAUGACCAAAGAGAAAAGGAAGGAAGUUCACAAGAAUUGGAGGGUUCUGAAAGAGCAGGAGCAUUAGCUAAAAUAAAAUCCAAGGCCUAUUCAGUUGUCACUCAGGCAUCCAAGUCAAGGAGACAUCGUCAGGUCAAACUCGAACCACUUGAGUCAGAAUUUGUUAAAAAGCUAGUCAAGACACCUUCUGAUAAAGGAAACAAAGGAAAACUGGAAUCAGAAGAGGAAACAUCACCUCAAAUUAAAGCACCUAAGAGGAGAAGAAGAUGCUGAACAAAGAACUUGGACUAUAGAGUUUUAUGCCAUCUCAAUUUCUGGACAAUUAAAAUCUUUAUGUGAUGAAGAGGAAGACUGCAGAUAUUAAAGCCAGCUGUUCCCUGUUUGUUCUGGGCUACCACAGUAGUCCUUUGUGAAAAUUGGUUUCCAAUGGUAAUUUAUAUGCACUCAAAAUUGCCUUAACACAGUUGUGGCCAUGUUAAUUAUUACAUAUUCUUAUUUUACAUUGACCUUUGGUUUAACUUGAGAUGUACAUUACAUGGUACUUAAUCAUAGAUUAAUUUAUGACUUGAAUGAAACCAUCAUACACCUUAUAUGGGUAAGUGCAAUAAAUAUAUUUUUCUUCGUUGCUACUAGGCUAUAAAUUCAAUGAGAUAAUGCCAGUGCUUAGCAUAGUGCUUUGCAUAUUGUAUUUACUUAAUAAAUGUUGAAAAGUAUGAGUGUAGCAAGUUCUUAAUAAAUGUUGAAUUGAAAGGCUUUGUUUUAUUUUUACAUGAAACUCCUCUUGAUAGUUCCUACUGUCAAGAUCAUGCUUAGUUGCUGUUUUGUAAUCAAUCUAACUUUAUUUGUAUACCAUAUCAGUUAAUUUUAAAGCCUCCUUUGUUGUAAUGAACUUUAAAUAUCCAGACCACCUAAAUAAUAUAUUGACUGAUAAUCUUGAGUACAAGCAUAAUUUAAUAUGUAUUAUUUCUAGGGAGUUAUUAAAACCUUCCAAAUAAAAUUUUAAAAUUUAACGUC